AUGGCUGAUACGAAUAUGCUCUACACAGUCGGCGCUUAUGCUGCCUUGAUUGGUGUUGGCUAUGCCUUCUACUAUGUCUCAACGCAAAAGGACAAGAAGAAGGGUGGCGUCACCAUCACCAAGCCCGUCAAGGACUCACAACCAGUGACUCGGAAAGAGGACCGGAAAAAGAAGCAGCGCAUGGAAAGCUAUGUGACAGACCAGGACACCAACAAGGCAUCCAAGGCUGAUGCCCAAAAGGCAAAGGCCGUCGAGACUCCUCAGUGGUCGAGCAACCAAAAGGAUGCUGAAAACCAAGAAAAGAUUGACAACCGGGAAUUUGCCAAGCAACUUGCUAAGGCCAAGGAGGGCGCCAAGUUCAACACCAAGAACGACGGCCCCAAGCAACGAGAGAAGACCGUCAAGCAGUCCAAGGCUAACAAGCCCAAGGCUGCUCCUGCCGCCCCCGAGGCCGUCCAAUCUGCCCCAUCGUCUAACGGCGCUGAUGCUGAUGACGACGAGUCUCCCGUUGUCCUCUCUCCCGCGACCAAGCCAGCGGACGUCAGCGGUGUCUCUGACAUGCUCGAGCCCGCCCCCGCCGGUCCUUCCGUUCUGCGUCUGACUGAUACUGAGUCCAAGAAGGACAAGAAGCAAAAGGCUCCUAAGAACCCCGAGCCAGCUGAGACCAAGAAGCAGAGACAGAACAGGAAGAAGGCCGAGGCUGCCAAGGCUGCCCGCGAGGAGACCGAGAAGGAACGCAAGGCCCUUGAGGAGAAGCAGCGACGAACUGCUCGCAUUGCUGAAGGCCGCGCCGCCAAGGAUGGCUCCGAGUUCAUGGCUGCCGUCAACGGAAACAAGAAUGCCUGGGAUGGAACCAACGGAACCAACGGUGCCGCUGAGAAGAAGGAAGAGGCUUCCCUCUAUGCGCCUCUCGACACCUUUGAGAAGCCUGCCCAGAAGAAGAAGGCUGCCGAAAAGGCCACUCCUGCCCCUGCUCCCAAGAAGGAGGCUGUCCAGAACCUAGAGAGCUCCUGGAUUUCUGCUCUCCCAUCUGAGGAGGAGCAGAUGGAGAUGCUCAAGGAGGAGUCCGAUGAGUGGAACACCGUUAAGAGCAAGUCUUCCAAGAAGGCCAAGAAGGCACCCUCGGCCGAGUCUGGAGAGGAGACUCCCGCGGCUCGCCCCGCCCCCCAGCCCAAGCAACUCUCCGAAACCAACGCCAACAAGUCGACCAAGCCUGUGGCUGCUAAGAGCUUUGGAGGCUCCUUCUCUGCGUUGACCGUUAAGGGCGACGAUGUCGAGGACGACGCCGAAGAGGAGUGGGAUGUCUAA